AAAUCCAACUUUGACAUUAGAAAUUACUGAAAAGUUUAUCAGCAGAAUUUGAAAAAUUCUUGAAUUUUACCAUUAUUUGCAUUAAUAUUGUGAAAUUGUUCUUCGUGAUUUCAAUCCAUGAUUAUAUUUUUAAAUGCCCUGUGUUGAAAAUGAGCGAUACCGAAGACACUAGAGAAGAAAAAUCGGUAUCAGCGGAGAUGUAUCCGCUGAACAUUAAAAUUAAACAGGAGAAAACAACUAGUUACGAAGACUCAAAUAAAUCGGAAACGGUUGACAAAUUGUCCAUUGAUUUAAACUUGUCCAAUUUUUUUUCCUCCCGUACGACCACUAAUGGUGCGCUUCAAGAAGAUGAAACAAUGAAGGAAACUAAAUCCGUCGAACCCCUCAAGUCUUCUAAUGAAAUAUUGACCGAACUGUUUAAAGUCUUCAAUGCAGCACCGCCGGAAAUCGUCGACGAUGAUUCCAGAGAUGACGAAGGAAGCAAAAAGAAGCGGAAGCACAAGAAAAAGUCCAAGAAGAAAAAAAAGGAUGAUAAUGCAAGUGAUUCAUCCGCAGUUUCGGAUGCAGAGGAAGGGGAAAUAAAAAGAGUUAAAAAAAUUAAGAAAGAAAAAAAGAAGAAGCAUAAGGAUAAAGGAAAAGAAAAAGUUAAAGACAAAGAGAAAGAAGACCGUAAGAAAACAGAUAAAAUGAUCAAAUCUGAAAUGUCAUCGGUAGUAGUAAAAAGAGAACCGAAAGAUGAUGGGUAUUCAAGAGAUUUGAAAGAUUACCGGCAUGCAAAUGAACAUCAUCACCAUCAUCAUCAUCACUACCACUCACAGAGUUCUCGUGAUGAGUCACACCAUACGCGAAUUAAGUUAGAAAAGGAAGAUCACAGAGAAUACGAUAACGAACGAGUCAAAGAUCGCGGCAAGGAAAAAGAGCGAGAUAAGGAUGAUCCUAAAUCGAAGAACAAAAUUCAAAUUAAAAGUUUGAAAGACAGUACUAUCUUUAAAGAAGUUGCCUCACGCGACAAAGAAAAGGAAAAAGAACGAGACAGAGAUAAAGAUCGACAUAAGAGUCUAUUGGAGUCGAAAGAACUGAGACGUCGACGAUCUGACUCGGAUUUUUCCAUGUCCGACGAAGAACCUUACCGGCAGGGUCGGUAUUAUGACUUUUACUCUAAGAAAUACAACUCAUUUUACGCAAGCUAUAAAGAAGACGAAUAUAACCGAAGUCGUAGACGCAGGCGAAGUGAGGAGAGAGAUAGAUAUCGAAAAUCUAAGUCAAGGUCGCGCUCGCCUCAGUUUGACAAACAGAAGUUACUGGAAAUUGCUAGAAAGAAUGCAAUAUCUAUGCUGAAGAAAGGAACACUUCCUGGUGUGCAAGGAUUAGACAAAGAGUCCAAAGAGAAACUGAUAAUGAAAAUGAAAACUAGUGGAAAAUCAGUUGAAGAACUAACUGAGUAUUGUAAAAAGAUAUCCGAAAAAGAAAACUUGAAUGAGCUGUCAAGUCUUUCAGAAGACAGUGAUCACGAUGCGGACGGAGAGUCAAAAGCUUUCCAUCAUCCGUUUCAGAUUAAAGACCCUGGUCCAAUCGUAAUGAACAUAAAAAAUGCUGUUCCUUUAGCACCAAAAUCGGCUGAACAAACUAAAGCUCUUCUACUGCAGUUUCCCGUUUCGUCGGGAGCCCAGCACAGAAAAAUGGAAAGUGAAUGGGUUCCGGUAGAAGCUGCUCCGGUGUCGGCUCCAGUAGCUGUGGUACGCCCAGAGAAGCCUAUUCCCAAAAUUUUUCCGGUGUCAGCAACUUUUGUACAAUCAUCCGAUCAACAACAGCCUGCUUACACUCCAGUAAAUCCUCCACCAGGACCACAAGCACUUCCUCCUGCUGUACAACCACCACAACCUGAAUUUAUCAUUAACGCGCCAUUGCCUGUACCGCCGCCUGUAGAUCUUUCUCAGCCUCCUGGUCCAGUUACAUUACCGCCUAUGCACGAGCCUCCACCGGUGGAAGUUUAUCCUAUCAACAGUGAAGCCAAUAAACUCGACGUCUCAUCGAUCAUAUCGCAACGACUUAAUGCUAUGCGUAAACUACAAGAUAAUCCCGCUGAUGCAGAGGCAAUAAAGCUUCUUUAUAAUACACAGAAAGACAUGUCUGCGUGGGCAUCGUCUAAAUUUACCCCCGGUCAGUUUCUUGGAUCAACCGGAGUUCAGUGUCUUAGUCAAAAGGAGCUCUCCGAAGGAUUUCAGCCAUGGGCCACUCGGGAUUGUCUCAAACAAACUGCUCCAGUUUCGGGAGGAAUGGGUAUGCAUUUGCUGCAAAAGAUGGGCUGGGUACCAGGUGAAGGGCUCGGAAAGGAGAAAAACGGUUCUUUAGAACCUUUGCUACUGGAUGUGAAAUUAGACAAACGUGGUCUGGUGGCCAGUGCUGAAGAGCACCAACGACAAGUACAGUUCCAAAUGCAGCAACAGCACGGUGGCCGACGGGCACGGUUUGCGAAUGUGAAAAUCAACACCGACGGUAAGCAUCCGGUUUCGAUAUUGGGUGAGUAUUGCAGUAAGCGCAAGUGGUUACCACCAAGGUACGAUCUAGUGCACGAAAGUGGACCAGGCCAUGCCAAAAACUUCGUAUUCAAAGUAAUUGUCAAUGGGCUGGAAUAUCAACCAGCGAUUUCUAACAACACGAAAAAGGAGGCGAAAGCAACGGCAGCCAAGUUUUGUCUACAACAAUUGGGAAUUUUGCAGUCCUAAUACAGAUUUGGCAGUUGUUUUUCAACCUUUUCAUAGAGUUUGUGUAAUUUAGAACAAGAACAAAACAAAGUGUCAUAGGUGUUUAUGAAAAAAUGUCUUCAAAUAACUGUUUGAACCUAAGGUUUUGAAUAAACCCUGUCAAUAAAUGAUUCAAAA